GAGACUUCGAUCGAAAAAUCGCACGCACAUAUCUUUGACCUCUACGCGAGCACCAACACCCGUCGAGCGGGUCGUCCGGUACCGGACGUUCUAAGUCAGGCCAAGUCAGGUCAGGUAGUCGAGCGGUGGGGCAUUGCGCUCGGAAAGCCGUCAUCGCCGGGAAACAGGCAGAGUAUCAUUGCUGCUCCGGUGCCACUCGGAUAUCGCGUCUUCUAUCCUACCUUUAUAGCGAGCGAAAUCGUGCGCCAAGUAAAGUGAGCGGACGGAGCUCGAGCGCGCUCGUCGCGUGGUGGACACCUGUUGCAUCGUCUCAUCGAAUGGUGAAUGCAGUCGACGCUGAGCAGUUCGCGAUCGCGGAUCCGAGGGAAUCCCGAGGAACCUCCGUCGUCGAGUGUACGAGUAGUUUGACAGAAGUCUGAGCGAAGUCUUCGCCGCUUCGUUUUCGCGCUUCUCCGAAGAAUCAUCGCGUCGAACAGCUGUUCUUGAUACCGUGUUUCGCUAUCGAUACAAGGAACAUCAAUUCCGAAGUUUUUAAAGUCGAAGAAGUCGACUGUCGACCAAAGUGCUGCUGAAGAAACGUAAACAUUAAAAUCAAAUCGUUAACCUUCAAGUAGCAAAAAUGUCAGCAUCAUUGAAACUGGCGGAUGAUCAGCGAUUUGCUCUAAUGAAGUUCAGACGAUCAGUGCAAGAUGUCUUGCAACCACAUCACGAUGAUCACUUUCUGCUUCGUUGGUUGAGAGCGAGAAAAUGGGAUCCUACCGCGGCGGAGAAGAUGUUGAGAGACUCCUUGGAAUGGCGGAAACAGUGGGAUGCUGAUAAUUUAUCUGACUGGGAUCUUUCUCCAGAGAUAAAGAGUUAUUUUCCUUACGGAUUAAGCGGAUUCGAUAAAGAUGGUGCACCAGUUAUCAUUGUACCCUUUGCCGGUAUGGACAUGUACGGAAUGUUACACGUAAUAACCCAGAAGGAAUUUGUCAAAGCUACGAUAAAAAUCUUGGAUGGAUAUUUGAAAUUAGCUAGAGAACAAAGCAAGAAGCAUGGACAGAUCGCAAAUCAACUAACAGUCAUUUUUGACAUGGAAGGAUUUAAUCUUAAGCAAUAUCUAUGGAGACCAGCUGGCGAAUUGGUCCUAACUCUUAUUCAAAUGUAUGAAGCGAAUUAUCCCGAAAUUCUAAAAACGUGUUUUAUCAUAAAUGCUCCGAGAGUCUUCGCCUUUGCAUUUACCAUUACUAAGAAAUUCAUGAACGAAUAUACAUUGUCGAAAAUACAAAUUCAUAAAGCUGAUCCGCCUAAAUGGCAAGCGGCGAUACUGAAGGUCGUACCAAAGGACCAAUUACCAGUUCAUUUUGGUGGAAUAUUAUGCGAUCCAGACGGCAAUCCGAGAUAUGCUUCGAAGAUUUCUCAAGGUGGGAAGAUAGCUAAAGAAAUGUAUACCAAUAAUGCGGAUAAACUAAACGACGACUAUACUACUGUGGUCGUUCGGAAAGGUGGAAAGUUAGAAUUCGAUAUCUGCACACCUGAGGGCUCCAUUUUAAGCUGGGAAUUCCGAGCGAAGGCCACGACAUUGUUUGGGAUUUUAAAGAAGGACGUGGAAAAUGAUAAGACAGAAGUUAUACCUAUUCGAAGGGUCGCAUCCCAUCAAUCGGACGAAAUCGAUUUAACCUGCGAAGAUCCGGCUACCUAUUCCAUUGUCUUCGAUAACACUUACAGUAUCUUAAGGAAUAAAAAAGUUCACUAUGCCGUACGUGUAUUACCACCGUCGAAAGAAUUACAGAAAUUGCCAUCAGUUGCGUAAUUACAAACGGGUUUUAUUAAGAAAUUCACAAAUUAUUAUACUUAAAAUUUUAUAGGACACGGUUCUUAUAAUACACUAGGCUAAAUGAUCGGAAACAGAUUUUACAAAUGAAAAAUUUCAAAAAAAAUUUAAACAAUCUUUUAUAGACUUAUACAUUUGAAACUACAGUAUCAAUUCAUAUACAAAAUUCGUCAUGAUUUAAACAAUUAAAUUGUUUAAUGCUUGUUGCAAUAAUGUUUAAAGGAUGUUAAUGUACAUAAACAAUAUAUAUUCUAUUAUCUUAUAUAUUUGUUUUUUCAAAAGUGGAUAAUGGCAAGGAUAAUGAUUGUAAAAAAGAAUAGAAAAAUAUAUACAAGAUAUAAGAGUGUAGUAUUUGCAUACAACACAUUUAUAAUUCACGCGAUAUGUACAAAAUACUUUUUAUAUAAAAUAUAAAAAAAGUAUUAUACACAUA